GGUGCUCUUAGCUGCCUCUCACCUGGAGGAGGGUCUCGCUGGGCUGCUGCUGCCACAUACCUUGGCAGUGCUGGUGGUGACGGGUGGUGGGCUCCCCAACUACCCCAAGGCUUGGGGUCACGGAGCUGCUUGUGCUGCAUGGCUGCCUUUUUAAAAUUUCCUGCUGCUGGAAGUCACAGCCUUCUUGUCCCUCUGGAGCUGCUCCUUCAUGGUCUGAGGCUGCAGCUCCUGAGGCCUCCUCCCCUCCCUUGGGGUAGGAAGAAACUGCCUUACUGACAAUCCAUUCCUCUUGCCCUCUUUGGCAGACAGGACCACAGUUUAUUGUAAGCAAAGAUGAUGUGGAAAGAAUGUAAACUGUAUGAAAAGAUUAUGGGAAACUAUACAGAUGACUUUUUCGGUAAAUCUGAUUUCUUGUGUUUCUCAAUAUUGCAUUGAUCGAAUGGGGAGAGAACUGUACUAGGCUGUAUGUAAAUUGGGGGGACGGGACCCAUCACCAUUUAGGGAUAUGUCUGACCUCCAGAGUGACUCAGGCAGAGGGAGAAGAUGAUCGGACCCCUUCCCACUUGGUCCAACCUCCCUCCCACAAGGAAGAACAACCAAGCCAGUGUCCUAUGGCCCAGGAGCGAAGGCUGAAGCCCCCUCCGUCCUGCUUUAUAUUAAACUCUUGCAAGCAACCACGCACUUGCCAUGUACUAACAGAUGGCAUACUUUUGAGGGUUUUAAACUCUCCCUCCCCAUUUUACUUUAAAAAACCAAGUGGGGGCAUGGCGGAGGCUUUGCAGCACUUUCAUAAUCCAGGCCAGCUGCCUUUGAAUCCAGGCCAUAAUCCAGGCCAGCUGCCUUUAAAACUGGGCCUGGAGCUGGUUCUACUGUAGGUGUCAUGGAAUGAACUGUCAUUUGCAGGGAAGAAUAAGAUAAAGUCUUCAUAUCACCUCAUGUGUUGGGGAAAGAAAAAAUGAGAUUUUAGUUUUCAACCCUCAAGAGAGCCAUGGACUAUUUGAUAUGGGUGCAACAAGGGGUGGUGUCAGGUUAAGUUUCUCAGGUGAUUUGGGGGGGUCUGCCAUCCCACAGAGGUUUUUGAAAUUGCAGAAGAAUGAAAAGUCCUUCAAACUCCUUCGCGAAGAAAGCCACAGAAGUGCUCCUGGUUUUCUCCACUGGCUGUUUUAUUCACUAGCAAUACCACCAUCGGUAGCUGGGCAGAGGUACUUCAGCCCCCACCCCCUCUCCUGCCAAAGCAGCGCCUUUUGUCAACCAGGGAAAGGUUUCAGGCUUGCCCUGGUUUUCUGUGGUCCAGCUUCUUCACCAGCUGCUUGGCAGUAGUAGGGGCAUCAUAAUAGUUCCUCUCUGCUCCUGGUUUGAAUUAUUUAGGAUAUUCUCUCCACAGCUUCAUUCAAGAUAACAACAACACAUGUAACACAAGCAUCAAGCUGUUUCUCUGAUAAGGGGCAGGGAAGAAAAGCCUUGGGUGAUUUUAAAAGCAGAGUACGAAAAGCUCAUACCAAAAUAAAAACUUAGUUGGUCUUUAAGGUGCUACUGAAUGAAUUUUUUUAUUUUGUUUCGACUCAGACCAACACGUCUACCUACCUGUAUUUAAAAGCAGAGUUAAUGUGCACUCUUAGGCUUGCCUACUGAGCAGGAAGCCCAAGGGGACUUAACCCACGUAAUUAUAGCAUAUGUUGAGGCAUUCCUUCUACCACUGUCUCUCUCAGCUUCAUUGUACAGGGGGGAGGGGGAGGCAGUUACUGUGCUCCUGUGUGUCUGCUCAGAAGUAUCCCACUGAACUGCAUGGGACUUGCUCUUGGGGCAACCUGGGUUGCUUGCAGCUUAUGACUCUACAUAGCUGCCAAGUUUUCCCUUUUCUCGCGAGGAAGCCUAUUCAGCAUAAGGGAAAAUCCCUUAAAAAAAGGGAUAACUUGGCAGCUAUGACUUAUGACAGAUGUGAAGGAACAACCAUUACCUUCUAAGAAGCACUGUAAGUCCAGUACUGCCCCAGUUCACUGCCUCAGGCACCUACGAGGCUAAGCUGUUCCUUCUUCUGUUUUCGGGGGUGGGAAGCAAGGGGGACACCUCCAGUUGAUUCCUCAGACCAGGGGUGCCAACUUGAAUAAAAUAUUGGGCGGGCCAGGUAAGCCCCGCCCCACACAAUCGAUCACAUGAUGCAGCGCAUGCACACUAUUUGAAUGGCAAUAGCCAUCAACUUUGAGCGGAAAGAGCAAGUUGUUUUCGGGCGUGGGGGGGAGGGUAGCGGGACACCAGGGCGACCCAAGGCAGCCUCCGCCAGAGCCAGGGAAAGGGUGGAAACAGCCGACCGAGGCGCGUCUUGUCCACGUCCCGCCGCAAGAGGCGCUCGCCUUCCGGGCGGCUGAGAUGGCGGAGGGAGCUCGGGGAGGCGGCGACGGUGGCUGGUUCCAGUUCGGAUUCUGCUUCGGGAAGGCGACGGAGGCCGGGCUGGAAGUGGCGCCGCUGCUGGUCGGGGGCGAGGCCGGGCCAGUGCGCUGCGUCAGGCCGAGCUGGAGCUUCUCCGGGAUCGUCCGCGCCGGCGGGUCCCCCCCGGUGCUGUUGCAAGGCGCGGUAUGCGCGGCGUUGCCCGAGGACUGUCGGGACGUGCUGCCGUCGGAGACCCACGUGCUGGUGCUGCGGGAGGCGGCGAUGGAGAGCUGGCCGGUGGAGGGCUUGGCCCUGGUCCUGGAAGGGGAGCCGGCGUGGAGGUGCGAGAUCCUCCCUGAGGAAGCAGCGACCGUAGAGCUGCCCCUGGUGCCUGGCGGGUACGUGGCCCCUCGGCCCCCUUUCUUCACCCCUCUGCCCUCCACCUUGCAGGCUCGCAAGCUGGCCCUGGGCUACGAGCAUGCGGUGCUGCUGAACACAGAGGGGGCCCUCUUCUCGUGGGGAGGCGGCAGGCAUGGGCAGUUGGGCCAUGGGGAGCUGGAGAGCAGGACAGAGCCCCAGCUGGUGGAAGCCUUGCACGGGGUGCCCCUGGUGGAUGUGGCGGCUGGAGGAUGGCAUUCAGCUGGCAUUAGUGAAGCAGGUGAUUUGUACGUCUGGGGCUGGAACGAGACGGGACAGCUGGCCCUACCUUCCAAAUCUGUGGCUGAGAGUAGAGUCACCACGACAGAGGUGAAGAGAGGGGACACAGAGUUGAGCUUGGCAGAGCAGGAGGCAGCACAAGGACCCUGCAAGGCUGCAUUCAUUUCGAUCCAAGCCUUCCCUGCUUUGCUGGAUAUGCCAGAUGGGGAAGAUGUCUGUAAGAUCAGCUGUGGUUCACGACACACCGCUGCUGUGACAUGUGCAGGAGAGCUCUACACCUGGGGCUGGGGUAAAUAUGGCCAGCUAGGGCAUGGGCAGACAGCGAGCUCUGAUGAGGCAAAGAGGGUGUCCUGCUUUGUGGAUUGGGGUCUACGUGUAGUGGACGUGGUAUGUGGACCAUGGACUACCUAUGUACAUGCUGUGGCCCAAUAACAGCUGAGAUGGAGGGCAAGAAGCCAGAAACCUUUGGGAAGACAGCAUGAACAGGACCUACUCCUACUGCCGCUCCAGUCCAACUGUCUGAGUUGAGGCUCAAUCUGACUUUAUCCAAGUCCCAGAUCAGGGGUAGUGGCUCCAUCUAAUCCUCCCUCCACCUGCCUUCCAGUAACAACUACUUCAAUGGACAACACAAGGGCAUCUUUAGAUAAAAGAGGGAGCUGUUUUAGCACCUCCAAGAACACCACAGAGGCAGAGUUAUACAGAGCAUAUUUUAUGUAGCACUAAAUUGCCAUGACAGACAAAACAGAUGUUGGAACAGUCAUUUUGUGAAUAAAGCUGUUGCUUCCACCGUCA